AUGCGCACCCUAAUACAACGGUACCCAACCUAUGCCCCAUUCGCCAGGCGGGAUCCAUUUCCCGCGUCAGAAUUCAUUUCGCUCAGCCCUAUAUGCUUUCGGACAGAAGAUGAGCUGAAGAGGAAACUUGCGAAAUACGAAGUACGGUACAAGAAAGGCCAGAGGGUGGAGUACGACAAUAGCCAGGCUAACAGCUAUUAUGCUUCAUCGAGCAGCGCCGAAGGGAGCACUCGCGCGAUAUAUGAACAACAGAGGGUCAUCUAUCGUCUCAUACAAGACUCGAUUGAUCUUUCAAAAUUCUCUCUCAGGGAUUCAUCGUGGAUGAGUGAAUUCAAGGUUUUAUCCUUCUCCUUGAAUGUAUGGAUAAAGGAUGUACGAACAAAGGACGAACGUGACCGCGAUCCUCGUAUUCUUGACUGUGGUUGGUAUGAGGCGGAUUUGCUCGCCCCGACUGCUCCCAACAAGGUCUGCCACUUCGAGGUCCACGAGACUCGAGGCUUACAGAAUGGAAGGUCGGUCAAGCGCAAGAAAUUAUCAGACACCGAGACGCUCCCAUUGAACGAGCUCAGAACUAAGCUGAAAGAACUAUUCAGUAGUCUUGAGAAAACGAUACUCUUCGUUUACGACAGGGAAAAGGUGUCCACUUUGCUCCAUUUCUUUGAUAUCGACGCCACGCAAUGGCAAACAGGCGACCUACACUCUUUCUUAUAUCACAGUGAACGUUACAGACACUCUCCCAAUUUCAAUCCUCGCGAUCCUAGAUCACGCCGGAGGUCACUUUCCCCUCGUCGCAGCACCUCCUCUCGCGAGCGACCGUACUCGCCACUCCACGCUGCACGCCCAUCAUCCAUCUACAUGGUAGACAUCAAGUCCCUUUGUUCUUUGCUCCACAUUAUGGGACCUUCCCUAAAGGAGGACGCGCAAGGGCUCGGGAUAGAUACCGACCCUAACGAGAUGUGUGCAGCAGACGACGCGCAGUUGCUUAUCCGUAUGUGGAUGGCAGUAGCUGCGGGCGCAACGGUCGAUGAGCAGGCGGAGCUUCGCCGAGAGCAUAACAUUCGGCGAUAUACACAACCAUCCAGUAGCAACUAUGGGAGCAGCAGUCCUGUCCGACAACCCACGGACGAGGAUGUCGAUCCUAAUGAUAUCGACCCCAAUGACAUCGUGCCAGGACCGUCUAGCAGCAGCGACGCAAACAAUGUCUCACACGCAUAUAGCAUACUCGACGAGGAAGAAGAUUUUGAAGACGAUUACUGACAUGUAUUUGAUACCUUUGCUUCAUCUUUUGCUUGUUCUUCAU